AAACCCGAACCAUUCAUUUCCGAUCACCGACAAUAAUGAUGAGUGUCUUCUCUGGAUUUUCUCUUCUUUUCCUUCUUCCUUUGUGCUUUGCUUCCUUAGCUGUUGGAGCCACUUUGCCAGAAGACGAAGUGCAAGCUCUGAGAGACAUAGCACACACAAUUGGGAAGAAAAAUUGGAACUACAGCGUAGAUCCAUGUGAUGGAAAGAGUAAUUGGAAUUCUUCCCAAAAAAAUGUUGUCACAUGCAAUUGUUCGUUUGUUAAUCACACUUGCCAUGUUGUAAGCAUCAUUUUAAAAGAACAAAAUCUUUCGGGUAUUAUCUCAGCGGAUCUGGUGAGAUUACCCUAUCUCCAACAAAUUGACUUCACUCGGAACUACCUUAAUGGUACAAUUCCUAAGCAAUUGGGAACCUUAAAUCUCGUCAACAUUUCCUUUCUUGGAAACCGUCUAACUGGUCCAAUCCCAAAGGAGCUUGGAAACAUCACCACUCUCAAAGCUUUAGUAUUGGAGUUCAAUCAGUUAUCUGGAAGUCUUCCUCUAGAGCUUGGGAAUCUUACCCAGAUUGAAAAACUGCAUCUAACCUCCAACAAUUUCACUGGAGAGUUACCUGCAACAUUGGCUAGGCUCACAACAUUGAAGGAACUUAGAAUUGGCGACAAUCAAUUCUCUGGAGCAAUACCCAAUUUUAUACAGAGCUGGAUAAAUCUUGAGAUACUUGUUAUGCAAGGGAGUGGUUUGAGUGGGCCAAUUCCUUCUGGAAUUUCAAUUCUGAGAAAUCUUACUGACUUGAGGGUCACCGACUUGAAUGGAUCUGAUUCACGGUUUCCACAACUUAAUAAUAUGACAAACUUGUUAACACUAAUAUUGAGGAGUGUCAACAUUAUUGGAUCCUUGCCAGAGAAUCUUGGAAAAUUGACUAAUUUGGAAGUAUUAGAUGUUAGCUACAACAAAUUAACUGGACCAAUUCCAAGCAUUUUUGGUGAUCUUCCGCACUUGAAUAUGCUUUUUUUAGAAGGGAAUCAUCUCACUGGAUCGCUGCCUCGGUUGAUAGAUAGACCUCACUAUGUAGAUCUCUCAUAUAACAAUCUUAGCAUCGGCAACAACAUAGAGGAGCUACAGUGUCAACGGGAAACUGUGAACUUGUUUGCUUCAUUUUCUAAUGGAAACAGCUUAGGAAAUGUUUCAUGUUUGUCAAACAUUCCGUGUAAAACUUCAUAUUCUCUGUAUAUAAACUGUGGUGGAAAUCUUGUAACUGAUGGAAAGAAGACAUAUGAUGAUGACACGGGUGAGACUACUGGACCAGCAAGCUUUCAUAAUGACCGUGGAAAAAACUGGGCACUUAUCAACAAUGGUCAUUUCUUUGAUACCGACCGCUUAAACUACUAUAAUGUGACUAAUUCAACUAAGCUUGUAAUGGAGAAUGUUGAACUGUACAUGAAUGCACGUGUUUCUCCAACCUCUUUGACCUAUUAUGGAUUUUGCUUGGGAAAUGGAAACUACACAGUAAAACUCCAUUUUGCAGAAAUAAUGUUUACUGAUGAUAAAACAUAUAGCAGUCUUGGAAGGCGUGUAUUUGACAUCUACAUUCAGAGAAAUUUGGUGGCUAAGGAUUUCAAUAUUGCAAAAGAAGCAGGGGGCGUUGGUAAGGCAGUAAUUAAAAAUUUCACAGUUGUUGUGACUAGUAACGCCUUGGAGAUUCGGUUAUAUUGGGCUGGGAAAGGAACCACUUCUAUUCCAUUUAGAUCAAUUUAUGGUCCUCUUAUAUCAGCUAUAUCUGUUGAUCCUAACUUUAUACCCCCAUCAGAAAGUGGUAGUAGCAGCAUAUCCAUAAUAAGGGUUGUGGUUGCAGUUGUGGUUGCUGGAGCAAUUAUCAUCUUGAUAUUUGGUAUAUUGUGGUGGAAGCGCUUUUUAGGAUGGGAAAGAUCAGUGGGCAGAGAACUGAAGGGUUUAGAAUCACAAACUAGUUUAUUUACCCUACGACAAAUCAAGGCAGCAACAAAUAACUUUGACAAAUCCUUGAAGAUUGGAGAAGGUGGGUUUGGUCUUGUUUACAAGGGUGUACUAUCGGAUGGCACUGUAGUAGCAGUUAAGCAGCUUUCUACUAGGUCAAGGCAAGGGAGUCGGGAAUUUGUAAAUGAGAUAGGCCUGAUUUCUGCUUUGCAACACCCUUGUUUAGUUAAGCUCUACGGCUGUUGUAUGGAAGAGGAUCAAUUGUUACUGAUUUAUGAAUACAUGGAAAACAAUAGUCUUGCUCAUGCUUUAUUUGCCAAAAAUGAUGACUCUGAGAAAUGUCAAUUGAGAUUGGAUUGGCAAACAAGGCAUAGGAUUUGUGUUGGUAUCGCUAAAGGUUUGGCUUACCUUCAUGAAGAGUCCAAACUGAAGAUUGUUCAUAGGGACAUCAAGGCCAAUAAUGUGUUGCUGGAUAAAGAUCUCAACCCCAAGAUAUCUGAUUUUGGAUUGGCAAAGCUUAAUGAUGAGGACAAAACCCAUUUGAGCACCAGAAUAGCUGGCACUUAUGGGUACAUUGCUCCUGAGUAUGCAAUGCAUGGUUAUUUGACGGACAAAGCAGAUGUUUAUAGUUUUGGAAUUGUUGCAUUGGAAAUUGUUAGUGGGAUGAGCAACACCAUUAGCCAGCCUACGGAAGAAUGUUUCUCUCUCAUUGAUAGGGUACAUCUCUUGAAAGAAAACGGUAAUCUAAUGGAGAUUGUGGAUAAGAGGUUGGGUGAACACUUCAACAAAACGGAGGCAAUGAUGAUGAUCAAUGUAGCCCUUUUAUGCACCAAAGUCUCUCUAGCACUCAGGCCCACCAUGUCUUUAGUGGUAAGCAUGCUUGAAGGGAGAACACGUAUUCAAGAGGUGGUGUUAGACAAAAGAGAGGUAUUGGAUGAUGACAAAUUUGAGAUAAUGCAACAGUAUUAUCAACACAGAGGAGAAAAUAACAUAAUUGAGUCUCAGAACCUAAGUGACCCUACGGGGGAAUCUUCUAAACUUUUCGCUGAUACAAGUUCUUCUGGUGAGCAAAUUGAAAGUUAGAGAACUUAUAGAAAUGAACAUCUUGUCGUUGCUCUAUAUAUAUUUAGUGUUUGGCACAACUUAUUUUGCAAAAAUGAAGAUACGGUUCUUGUAUCUAAAUAAGUAAGGGUUUGAACAAGUUUGCAUAACCAAUUGUAUUAGAAUUUAAUGAGUGGAAGAAUACUUCGUUUUCAACGGUUGAUUCUCUAACCAUUAAGACCAUGUAUUUCCAAAUAGAUCCAUGAAAAUUUGUAAGAAUAAAUUUCUUAUGUAGAAUGAAAAAUCAAGAAUGCCUUUUUCCUGU